AUGAGGCGGCGGCCGUUCCUGGACCAGCGGCGGCCGUCGUUCAAGCGCCGGUGGCAGCAGCGGCCGUGGUGGGUGCGCCUCGCGCUCUCCCUCCUCCUCGCCCUCGCGUGCGUCCUCCUCCUCGCCGUCCUCCUCGGCUCCCCCGACCCCGGCGCGUCGCCGUCCACCUCCGCCGCGUCCUCCGGAUCCGAGACCACCUCCUCCCCUCUCCUCCGUCAGAGAACUUACCUGGAGGGAAUCACGGAUGCGCUCAACAUGACUGACGAAAUGCUGAGCGCCCGCUCGUUCUCGAGGCAGCUCAUGGACCAGAUUUAUCUAGCCAAAACUUAUGUCGUCGUUGCCAAGGAGGCAAACAACCUGCAGUUCGUGGCGGAGCUUAGUGCCCAGGUACUGCAGGCGCAGAGCAUCCUUGCGCACGCUGCAGCCCAUGGGGGCACAGUGAUGGAGCAGGAAGCAGAGAAGGCGAUCAGGGAUAUGUCGGUGCUGCUCUUCCAGGCGCAGCAGCUUCGGUAUGACAGCGGUAUCACGAUCAUGAAGUUGAAAGGCCAGAUUCAGUCCCUGGAGGAGAAGUCGAAAGCUGAGGCGGAGAAGAGCACAAAAUAUGGCCAGAUUGCUGCUGAGGAGCUCCCAAAGGGACUUUACUGCCUUGGUGUUCGGUUAACCAUGGAAUGGUUCAAGAGUCCUGAGCUUCAGAGGAAGUUUUCAGAUAGGAGCCCAGCAGUGCAGAGCAAUCUAAGGGAUAACAGCCUCUAUCAUUUCUGUGUCUUCUCAGACAACAUCCUUGCUGUUUCAGUUGUUGUCAAUUCUACGGCUAUAAACUCGAGGCACCCUGACAAGGUUGUUUUUCACCUAGUGACUGAUGAUUUGAACUAUGCUCCGAUGAAGGCGUGGUUUGCCAUGAAUGACUACAGAGGGGUCACUGUGGAGAUACAAAAGGUGGAGGACUUUACCUGGCUCAAUGCAUCGUAUGUUCCCGUUCUUAAACAGCUACAGAAUGCUGCUACCCAGAAGUUCUACUUCUCCGGCAGUGGUAAUCGUGGAACACCAAUUAAAUUCAGGAACCCAAAGUACUUAUCAAUGCUUAAUCACUUGAGGUUCUACAUUCCGGAAAUAUAUCCCGAAUUGCAGAAGGUGGUGUUUCUUGAUGAUGAUAUCGUUGUUCAGAAGGACCUAUCAGAACUGUUUACUAUCAACCUCAAUGGUAAUGUGAUGGGUGCUGUAGAGACUUGCAUGGAGACAUUCCACAGAUUUCAUAAGUAUCUUAACCAUUCCCAUCCUCUAAUCCGUGCUCAUUUUGACCCUGAUGCUUGUGGCUGGGCAUUUGGUAUGAACGUGCUUGAUCUGGUCGAAUGGAGGAACAAGAAUGUGACAGGCAUAUAUCAUUAUUGGCAGGAGCGCAAUGCUGAUCAUACCCUAUGGAAGCUUGGGUCUUUACCACCUGGGCUUCUUGCUUUCUAUGGCUUGGUUGAAGCAUUGGAUCCCCAAUGGCAUGUCUUGGGACUUGGCUACACAACUGUGGAUGCUGCUACUAUCAAGGAAGGGGCAGUACUGCACUACAAUGGAAAUAUGAAGCCAUGGCUCAAAAUUGGAAUGGAGAAGUACAAGAGCUUUUGGGAUAACUAUGUGGACUAUUCACAUCCUUUGAUUCAGCAGUGCUUCAUGCGUUGA